GCCACAUCGCCAUUUUGUGCCAUUUAGAUCCGACCUUUCAGAGAGAACGAGUGCAAUCAAAAUGGGCACGAGGGUGUACAUCGGGCGAUUGUCGUACCAUACCAGGGAGAAGGAUGUCGAAAGGUUUUUCAGGAACUAUGGUAAAAUCCGUGAUUUGAUGUUGAAAAACGGUUAUGGAUUUGUUGAGUUUGACGAUUACAGAGACGCCGACGACGCGGUUUAUGAGCUCAAUGGGAAAGAGCUUUGUGGCGAGAGGGUUGUAGUGGAGCAUGCCAGGGGACGAGGGAUGUCCAGGGGCGACGAAUAUCGACGAGAGAGAGAUUGGGGCUUCCCACCUCGUCGACGAGGUGGUCGAGGCAGGGACAAGUAUGGUCCACCGAGCAGAACAGAUUUCCGAGUGAUUGUUGAAAAUUUGUCAUCUGGCGUGAGUUGGCAGAAUCUCAAGGACUAUGUACGCCAGGGGGGAGAAGUCACGUACGCUGACGCUCACAAACAGCGUCGUAACGAAGGUAUUGUUGAAUUUGCUACUUACAAGGAUAUGAAAAAUGCAAUUGACAAACUUGAUGAUACUGAAUUAAAUGGUAGACGAAUUCGUCUGGUCGAGGACAAACCAUCUAGAAAACGCAGGAGCAGUGACAGCCGCAGCAGAUCGCGCAGCCGAAGUCGGUCCAGGUCCAGGUCCAGACGUAGCAGAAGCAGAAGCCGCAGCAAGAGUCGAAGCCGGAGUAGAAGUGCGAGCCGUAGCCCAAGUCGAGGCCGAGAUCGAGAUCAUGACCGAAAGGGCAGCCGUUCUGUGUCGAAAUCCAAAUCCAAAUCCAGGAGUAAAUCAAGAAGCCGAAGUCGAUCCAAGUCCAAGUCGAGAUCUCGUUCCAAGUCUGCAACCCCAGAGAAGAACGGUUCCCCAGAAAGACAUGAGGACGUUAAACAGGAAGAGCAAGACUGAGGAGACUAAUGUGAACAAUACAGUGCCUCAAAAGAGAAAAACAGGCUGACUGCAAUUUCCUUUGUGGUUUCAAUUCAGCUAAAUAUAUUCAGUGUUCAAUUCGAAGGUUCAGAAUCAUCCAGUAACGAUGUCAUAAUACAGAUCAUGAUACACUUUCAUUUCAUUGACAUUAAUUUGUGUUCUAAGAACUGGAAUGGAACUCCAUAUUUAGAAUGCCAUUUGUUUCAGCGUCAGCUUUGUCAUUAUAUUAGUGUUUGGUAUGUAGUAUUUAGGUAAUAAACAUGUUUUUAAUAUCUUAACA